AUGCUAAAUCUCGAUGUUGAUGUGGACGAGGCAGACGUGGCCGUGCUCUCGCAGCACCUAUCCCGGACCAAAGAACUAUUUUCCAGCAUCAACAGCUCCCUUUUGACGAUCACCUCCAAAACGCUGACGGCGUCCCGCAGCAUCAGGCCCGUGUUUGCAGAAAUCAAUGCGCUCAACAAGAAAAAAAGCUCCAUCGAAGAGGGGCUCGUGUUGCUCGAGGAUGUCUCGAAGUACUCUGUGCGUGCGGCGGAUGCCCAGCAGAUUUUGGCGUCAUCCAUCGACGCCGUGGGCGUUGCCAAAUACCUCCUUUGCUUGGAGCUGUCCAAGGCGCUUGCUCGGGAAAUGAAGCAAAAGAUCCGCGACUUUGACGGCGUGGUGAUCGGCUUUGCCAACACCGUCGACAAGGCAGAGAUCUCCAUCGUGUCGUACUUUGCCAAUCUUCUCAGCAAGAUCGAUCUCAGGGCCGGCGUUGUGCCAAGCAUAGCCGACGCCGUCGGAAUCUUGGCGUCUUUCGCGAAACUGGCCAACUUACGGACUGCCCACGAGACCUUGGAGCGGAGCAUGGGUCUGCUCAUGACCCUGCACUUGGCCCCGCUUGAGGCCGCGUGCUCCAUACAAAAACGGUCUCCGAACGCGCCCUAUGAAAGGGGCUCCUCGGGAAUCACCGGUUUGGCUACUGAAAUCCUUGUGUGUGUGGCGGGGUUGCGGGCCGUGUGCGACCAGCUCAAUGUUCUGGGCUCUCCGGUCCCGGCCAACAUUGUCACGGGAUAUAUGGAGCUGCGGUUCUGCUCGGUGCUUUCCGCAUACAACUCACAGCUAGCCGCCCAAGGCCUUGUGGGCCAGGACUUGGUGAUGUUGGAUGUCAUCGACCAAUUGGACACCUUGAACGCAGAGCUACACGUGCACAAGUUUGGCUUCGAGGAUUCCCCGGCCACAUCACGCGAGCUUCAGGCCUUGCUUGCGAAAUGCCAGGGUUUAUUUGCCGAAUGGGCCAGGUACGUCGAGGCACGUGUGUUGCAGAUCGAUCGCCUCAACGAGCACAGCAUUCCUGAGGUGGUCGUGGAGGUGAUUUCCAAAGUCCGUCGGAUCAGCGAAUAUGGCUCGCUCUUCACGCUCAUGAAAAACAAGAAGUUGGGAAGCUGGCUCGACGUGAAGCCCCCGCUUCGUUUCAUUGCCGUCUAUACUUCCGUGGUGCAGGGUGCCGAGGCUCAGGCCAAAGACCACGCCGCGUUCUUGGUCUCGUCGUUCUUGCUGGAUUUGAUCGAUGAAUUGAUGGUCAACAUUGAGAUCGGCUUGAAGGAGCAAGCCAGCGAAACCAGUUUGCGGAAGCUGUCGCAGGGGUUCAUGCUCGUGAGGAACGUGGUCAUGAUCGAGACGAUUGUCAAUCGCCUGGAGCCGCUUUUCCUGAAGUUGGGCCCCAUUGGGAUGGAGAGAUUGCAACGUCUAAAAAACCGGUUUUUGAAGGUUUUCCUCGAUGACUGGAGCCAUGCUUCCUACAUCAUCAUCCGGGACAUGACCCAGAUCACAACUACCAAUGCUCUACAUGGCGGGCAGAACAGCACCAAGGAAAAAGAGCAAAUCAAAGAUCUUUUCCGCAACUUCAACGAGUCCUUCGAGGAGGCGCUCAAGCAAUACGAAAAAUUCCAGGUCCAGGAGAAGGAGUUGCGUUCGUACUUGAGCAGCGAAAUCAAAAAGUUGAUCAUCAACGCCUACAACAAACUAUAUGACAAAUACGGCACCGGUGAGUUUACGAAAAAUCGGGCGAAAUAUAUCAAGUACGAUAAGAUGCAGUUUGAAAGACUCUUGAAUGAGCGAUUAUAG